CCGCACACUCUCUCUAUCUCUCACUUCCCACUCACACUCUCACUUCCACUGCUACUUCCUCCUCUGCCCCUCUCUUCCACCCCCACCGCCGUCCUCCGCGGCGGAGCCACCCACCCACCGCUCAUUUAUUACCCACUUCUCUCCACCACCACCACCCAAUGGCGCCUCCGCCACCCAUUCUCCAUUCCCGAUCUACACCAAUCUUCCUACUCCUCGCCGUUUUAAUCCCCGCCGCGGCCUCAAUCGACAUCGCGUCCGUCCUCUCCCCUUACCCGGACUUCUCCUCCUUCACCGCCCUCCUCUCCUCCACCCCCUCCCUCGCCAACGAGAUCGCCCACCGCUCCUCCAUCACCCUCCUCGCCGUCCCCAACGCCUACUUCUCCUCCUCCGUCGAUGUCACGCGCCGCCUCUCCCCCACCGCCCUCGCCGACCUCCUCCGCUACCACAUCCUCCUCCAGUUCUUCUCCUGGUCCGACCUCCGCCGCGUGCCCCCCGCGGGCCUCCUCGUCACCACGCUCUACCAGACCACGGGUCGGGCCCCCUCCAAUUUCGGCUCGGUCAACGUGACCCGGAACCCGGCCACCAACGCCGUCUCGAUUCACUCCCCCGCCGCCUACUCCCCUUCCAACGCCACCGUCCUCUCCCUCGUCAAAACCAUCCCUUACAAUCUCACAAUCGUCUCCGUCAAUUCGCUGCUCGUCCCCUACGGCUUCGAUCUAAUGGCCUCCGAGACCCGCCCUCCCCUGGGGUUAAACAUCACAAAAGCCCUAAUUGACGGCCACAACUUCUUCGUCGCGGCGUCGAUGCUGUCGGCAUCCGGCGUGGUGGAGGAAUUCGAGGCAGACGAGGGCGGCGCAGGGAUCACCCUGUUCGUCCCCACCGACGCGGCCUUCGCAGAUCUGCCGGGGACCGUGAGCCUGCAGUCGCUGCCGGCGGAGAAGAAGGCGGUGGUGCUGAAAUUCCACGUCCUCCACUCCUACUACCCGCUCGGGUCCCUGGAGUCGAUCGUGAACCCGGUCCAGCCCACGCUGGCGACCGAGGACAUGGGGGCCGGCCGGUACACGCUCAACAUUUCCCGGGUCAACGGCUCGGUGGCGAUCAAUUCGGGGAUUGUCCAAGCGUCGGUGACCCAGACCGUGUUCGAUCAGAACCCCGUCGCGAUUUUCGGGGUCUCCAAUGUUCUGCUGCCCAAGGAAAUCUUCGGGAAGAAUCCGAUUUCGAUGGGGAGCAAGCCGGGGAAAUCAGCCGACCCGCCGAGGGCUUCGUUGUCACCGGAGAAAUCCCCCGAUACGGAAGCGCAGCCGUCGCACCUGUCGUCCCCGCCGGGUAUCAGGGAAGAUAUUAAAUCGGCAGCUGGAGGAGGCGGUGGCGGUGGUGGGUUGCGGAUAUUAUUAUCUUCUCUGCCACCGUCUUGUACAGUAUUAUUGUAUUUAUUGGUAUGACUUUUUUUUUUUAAUUUCCCCUGUAUUAUUAUUUUUUAUUUCCUUUUUACCUCUUUUUUCGUUAUCAGUGUGUUUCUUUUUUCUUUCUUCUUUUUCACACAACGGAUUGAAUUCGGCUACAAAGUAGCCUUUUGCUCCCUCUAAUUUACUAGUCUUACUGUGUUACCACUUCUUUUUGGAAUUUUCCCCAGCGGAGGAGAAUAUUGUAGAUGUCAGAGUUGGUGAAUUGUGAAAUUAUGUAUGUCUGUGUUUACAAAUAUAAUCAAUUGAGUUUUAAGUG